GCUUUUUUGAAGAUCAGAGGAGGAAUACUAGCUUGUAGGUUUUCAAUCUUUGAUAGCUUUGAACCGAAUAUUUUAUUCUACUUCCUUAUCGUGUUUGUCGUUAAAAGGCGCUUCUUGUUUUAAAAAUUUAAGCCAGUUGUUUCCUAACUCCCAAAAAACAAAAAACAAAAAAAAAAAAAAUGAAUGAUAAAAAAACCAACAGUAGCGUCGUCACAAAUAUAUUAAUUCUUUUCUUUAAUAGCGAUUUCCACACCCACAAAUAAACUAAUACUAAAAUAUGGAGAUCUUCCACUUUCAGAUACAAAGAAAAACUCACCCAAAAAAAAAAAAAAAAAAAGAAAAAAAAAAGAGCUAAUCUUGAAGAAAAAACCUCCACAGGCACAAACUCACCUCCCCAUCUGCAUCAAUGUCAAACUUUUUGUUCAUCCAGCUGCUUUUGAUAAGCUUGGCAGGACUUGGAGUCUGCAAUGGCGAAAAAUACAGCAGGGAUGAUUUUCCGCCUAACUUCGUUUUUGGUUCAGGAACCUCUGCUUACCAGGUGGAGGGAGCAACAAACGAAGAUGGCAGAACGCCAAGCAUCUGGGAUACAUUCGCUCAUGCUGGUCGUGCAGGCGGAGCCACCGGAGACAUAGCUUGCGAUCACUAUAAUAAAUAUAAGGAGGAUGUAAAACUCAUGGCGGAUAUGGGCCUGGAGGCCUAUAGAUUUUCCAUUUCAUGGUCAAGACUCAUCCCAAAUGGAAGAGGUCCUGUCAAUCCAAAGGGUUUACAAUUCUACAACAAUCUCAUCAAUGAACUGCUCAGCUAUGGAAUCCAACCACAUGUUUCAUUAUUCAAUUUUGAUCUUCCACAAGCACUUGAAGAUGAGUAUGGAGGAUGGGUUAGUCAAAAAAUUGUGAGAGACUUCACAGUGUAUGCGGAUGUGUGCUUCAGAGAGUUUGGUGAUAGAGUCCAGUAUUGGAGUACAGUGAAUGAGCCAAAUGUGUAUCUCAUAGGAGGUUAUGACGCAGGCGACACACCACCUCAAAGAUGUUCUCCUCCGUUUGGAAAGAUAAACUGCACCAGAGGCAAUUCCUCUAUCGAACCAUAUAUGGCAGCUCAUCAUAUCUUGUUGGCUCAUGCAUCAACUGUAAAGUUGUAUAGGAAAAAUUAUCAGGAAAAGCAACAUGGAUUUAUAGGGCUAUGCAUAUAUACGUUUUUUUACAUUCCUUUCACAGACUCGAAAGAAGAUGCCUUGGCAACUCAACGUGCCAAUGAUUUCCUUAUUGGCUGGUUUCUUGAUCCAUUGAUAUUUGGGGACUAUCCACGUAUAAUGAAGGAAAAUGCGGGUUCAAGAAUUCCAAGCUUCACAAAAGCAGAGUCCAAACUGGUUAAGGGUGCAUUUGAUUUUAUAGGAGUAAUACAUUAUAUGGCUAUUCAUGUCAGUGACAAAUCUAGCAACUUGGCAUUGAAACAUAGAGACUACAAUGCAGACUCAGCCACAACGCUAGUUGAUAUAGAUCUUUUGACGAGCUUGGAGGUUUCUAUUACACCUUGGACUCUAGAAGGAGUGCUGGAGUAUUUGAAACAAGUCUAUGGGAAUCCACCUAUAUUUAUUUAUGAGAAUGGUCAACGAAUGCUACACAAUUCAUCAGUAGAGGACACACCAAGGGUGAAAUACAUGGAAGCUUAUAUUGAGGGCGUGUUGAAUGCAAUGAGGAAUGGAUCAAACACAAGAGGGUAUUUCACAUGGUCAUUUUUAGAUGCGUUCGAGUUAUUUGAUGCCUUUGAGUCCAGCUUUGGUUUAUACUACGUUGAUAUAGAGGAUCCUGACUUGAAAAGAUACCCCAAACUCUCUGCUCAUUGGUAUUCUGACUUCUUAAAGGGUAAAACUGUUGGUUCAGAUCCAGAAGGACUAGGUGAAUUUGAUAGAAAUGUAUUGUUUACUUCCAAGUGAGUCUCUAUACGGCAAGUUGGUGUAUGCUGUAUAGUAUUGUAAAAAUAACAAGCUGGUACUUUUGUGAUAUAUACGGUUCGAUUGUGUACUAAAAUAACAGAGUAGUUUAGCAUUAGUUUCAUCUUUAUGGAUUGAAAAUUAGAAAAUAAGGAUGUAUAACAAGUUGGAAAAUUCAUGUUGCCAAGAAAUUUGAUUGGUGGAGGAAUUUCUGCAAAACAGACAGAGAAAAAAAGAGCCUCGUGAUCAUUGUUGACAGUUCAAGCAUGUAAUUAUAUUUUGCAUUGUUUGGUCAA